GGGACCCGCAGGCGGCCGCGGCCCUGCUGGCGCCCAUGGAGCUGCGCGAGGAGGCGCCCGAGAAGGCGGCGCGCGCGCGCCCGGCCAAGGACCCCAACACCUACAAAGUGCUGUCGCUGGUUUUGUCAGUGUGUGUGUUAACAACGAUCCUCGGUUGCAUAUUUGGGUUGAAACCAAGCUGUGCCAAAGAAGUAAAAAGCUGCAAAGGCCGCUGUUUUGAGAGAACGUUUGGGAACUGUCGCUGCGAUGCUGCCUGUGUAGACUUCGGGAACUGCUGCCUGGAUUACCAGGAGACGUGUCUGGAUCCGGCGCACAUCUGGACUUGCAACAAGUUCCGGUGCGGGGAGAAGACGGUGUCCGGAAGCCUCUGCUCCUGCUCAGAUGACUGCAAGGACCGCGGGAACUGCUGCGUCAACUACAGCUCCGUGUGCCAAGAUGAGCAAAGCUGGUUAGAAGAAACGUGUGAGAGCAUUAACACGCCACAAUGUCCAGAAGGGUUUGACAGACCUCCUACGCUCUUAUUUUCUUUGGAUGGAUUCAGGGCAGAAUAUUUACACACCUGGGGUGGACUUCUUCCUGUUAUUAGCAAACUAAAAAACUGUGGGACAUACACUAAAAACAUGAGACCUGUGUACCCAACAAAAACCUUUCCCAAUCACUACACUAUCGUCACAGGACUUUAUCCAGAAUCUCACGGCGUAAUUGACAAUAAGAUGUUUGAUCCUCAAAUGAAUGUUUCCUUUUCGUUUAAAACUAAAGAGAAAUUCAAUCCCCAGUGGUACAAAGGAGAGCCAAUGUGGCUCACAGCCAAGUACCAAGGCCUCAAGGCGGGCACCUUCUUUUGGCCAGGAUCAGAUGUGGAAAUUAAUGGAAAUUUCCCAGACAUCUACCGAGUGUAUAACAGUUCCAUACCAUUUGAAAAAAGAAUCUUAGCUGUUCUUGACUGGCUACAGCUUCCACCAGGGGAAAGACCACACUUUUACACUCUGUAUUUAGAAGAACCAGAUUCUUCAGGUCAUUCCUACGGACCAGUCAGCAGCAAAGUCAUCCAAGCUCUGCAGAGGGUGGACAGCAUGGUCGGCAUGCUCAUGGAGGGCCUCAGAGAGCUGAAGCUGGACAAAUGCCUGAACCUCAUCCUGAUUUCAGAUCACGGCAUGGAACAAGGCAGUUGUAAAAAGUAUGUGUACCUGAAUAAAUAUUUGGGGGAUGUUAAAAAUAUUAAAGUUGUCUAUGGACCUGCUGCUCGAUUGAGGCCCUCCGAUGACCUCGAUGAAUACUAUUCUUUUAAUUAUGAAGGUGUUGCCAGAAAUCUCUCUUGCCGUGAACCCAAGCAGCACUUCAGACCUUACCUGAAACAUUUCUUACCCAAGCGAUUUCACUUUGCUAAGAAUGACAGGAUCGAGCCUCUGACCUUCUACUUGGACGCGCAGUGGCAACUUGCGCUGAAUCCCACGGAAAGAAAAUAUUGCGGAGGUGGAUUUCAUGGCUCUGACAAUGUAUUUUCAAAUAUGCAAGCUCUGUUUAUCGGCUAUGGACCCGGAUUCAAGCAUGGCGUUGAGGUUGACACCUUCGAAAACAUUGAAGUCUAUAACUUGAUGUGUGACUUACUGAACUUGACGCCUGCUCCAAAUAAUGGAACCCACGGAAGUCUUAACCAUCUCCUAAAGCAUCCUGUUUACACCCCGAAGCACCCCAAAGAAGCAUACCCCCCGGUGAAAUGUCCCAUUACAGGAACUCCCAGAGACAACCUCGGCUGUUCCUGUGACCCCUCGAUUUUGCCCAUUGAGGAUUUUCAAACGCAGUUUAAUCUGACCAGGAUGGAAGAGAAGAACAUUGACCAAGGCGCUUUACCCUUCGGAAGGCCCCGCGUUGUUCAGAAGAGCAGCGUGUGUCUGCUGUACCACCACCAGUUCGUGAGCGGGUACAGCCACGACAUCCUCAUGCCCCUCUGGACAUCCUACACCGUGGACAGAAAUGGUGGCUUCUCUACAGGAGACUUCUCCAACUGCGUGUACCAGGACCUUCGGAUCCCUCUUAGUCCUGUCCAUAAAUGUUCCUUUUAUAAAAACAACGCCAAAAUGAGUUAUGGAUUCCUCACCCCACCACAACUAAGUAAAGAUUCCAGUCAAAUAUAUUCUGAAGCGUUGCUUACUACUAAUAUUGUGCCAAUGUACCACAGUUUUCAAGUUAUAUGGCACUACUUCCAUGACACUGUUGUGCCGAGGUAUGCGGAGGAGAGGAACGGCGUCAACGUGGUCAGCGGGCCUGUGUUUGACUCUGACUUCGACGGACGCUACGACUCUGCCGAGACUCUGAAGCAAAACAGCAGACUCAUCCGUAACCAAGAAGUUCUGAUUCCCACCCACUUCUUCAUUGUGCUCACCAGCUGUAAAAAUGCGUCUGGGACCCCGCUGUAUUGUGGAGACUUAGAUACCACAGCUUUCAUCCUGCCUCACAGGCCCGACAACCGCGAGAGCUGUGCUCAUGAGAAGAGUGGAUCUUCAUGGAUUGAAGAGUUGUUAAUGUUACACAGAGCACGGGUUACAGAUGUUGAACACAUCACCGGGCUCAGCUUCUAUCAAGAAAGAAAACAGCCAGUUUCAGACAUUUUGAAGUUGAAGACACAUUUGGCAACCUUUAGUGAAGAAGACUGAUUUUUUUAAUUCCAAAAAACACCGAAAUAAUCAGAAAGCACACCAUGAGUCUUUCUGAGAGAAUCUCGUGUUUUGCACAGUCCGGCACCCACCAGGUCACAUCGUUUAGGAACUGGCGAGCAGAGUUAGAACCAGGACUCCUCUGUGAUGCGAAAAUCUCAGGGAACCUUGGGGACUCAGUGGGAGGUGUUCCUGUUGUGCCUCACACAGUCGUAAUGUGCAAGAAUUGUGCUCAUUAUUCUUCUGAGAGGAAAGACAGACCUUGUCCCUAACUGCUCUUCUACUUCUCUUCACAGAGAAAUAGCUGUGAAGACCGUCUGGACACCAGAUAUUAGCAUUGCAUUAUCGACAAUAAACCUUUAUGGUGUUGGCAGACUCUAGACUAAUUAAUGAGACCGGAAUGGCCUCUGUUACAUUGGUAUCUCUACAAGAAUUUAAAAGUGGUUCUGUAUUCUUUUUAAUUGGAUUUUUUUUACUUUUAAUCAAAACAUUAACGGAAGCCAAAAUAUUUCUGAGAUCCUCUUUUUACCUUUCCUGUAUACUCCUUCAAAAGCCAAGUUAUUAAUCUUGUGAGGUUUUAAAAAUUGUGACUGGAGUUCUUCAGAUUUAAUGGCUGUAACAAGUUAAACUUUGAGUGAAGACUUGAGUUGAGUGUAUCUACCUAUUAUAAAAUUUUACAUUUGUACAAAAACAUUCUAUUCUGUUCCCUGGUAAUUGGUAGAAGCUGAAAAUAGCCCUGAAUUUGGUUCUUUUAGUCUGUUAAAGUUGGGUCUUUUCUGGGUGAAACUUUAGGGAACUUGUCAGCAUGUGUGGGUGGCAUCAGUUGUAGAGAUGGUAGGCAUAACCAUUUCUCCAGGCAUGAAGAUGACCCGGCAGCUGCAGAAGAACACGAAAAGAACAUGUCACAUAGUACCUAACAUUGUCUCUACGGACUUGACAACUGACAAGUCAAACUUGACUUGCCCCAUUUACACUACACUUUCAUUCCAACUUGUGAACCUUCAAAGGCUAUUUCAACAUCGAGGCUGUUUGAGUCUAAUUUUGUGUAAAUACACCAAAGAUUUUUAUAUGUCCUUCCUAUGAUGAUCUUUCUUCAGCUGUCACAGGGGAGCCACAAAGACCUGCAGAUAAUAUAAUUUGCAACUGAAAUAUAUUAAAUAACUUAGAAAGUU